GCUUUAGCUGCUGAAUCCUUUUGUGUGCGAAUGACUCCUUGAGAUAACCGAGGCAAGAGACAAUGCUCUGAGUCUGAUGGGGAGACGGAGAGAGUGCGUGGCACUGAUGAGAGCGACACGAGGCAAUGUACCAGCAGUUGCAGUUUUUUUGCAAGCGAUCUUGCUGUUUUCAAGCUGUUUACCCUUGAGAUGCAGAAGAGCAAUCCGACAUAGACUCGCAGCACAGAGUCUGAUGUGAGCAUCUGCGUAAGGACCUGGCUGCUGAGCAUGCCCAGUGCUGUGAGAAUGCUUCCCUCUGCCAGAUCCCCAAAGAUUGAUUGAACUUUGCACUUGCAAAUGUCACUGAAUACAUUCUGACCAGGAUUCCUCGUAUUCUCUAAAGCACUCCUUCCGAGCGCUGUGCUGGAUUCUCUCCCAGAAGAUGGGGGCUGGAGAUGGUUCCAUCUAACAGGAGAAACAUGAUUAGAAAGGGAAUAUUUGGGAGCAACUCUUGUUGUUAAAAGCUCUUUUUUUUCUCUUUUUUACAUGGAUAUUUUUUAUUACGGCAAUGAAUGCAUAAAGGAAAAACACAGCAUUUCCCAUUCACUUCCAUUGCUGAAGUUGCUGUGUCGGGCUGGUAGCAGUGAGUGAGGGAGGAUGGAUAGGGAAGGGACCAAGAUUCUGCAAUGCUUUCCUUCCUUGCCGGGGGCUGAGGCUGGGGACCAUUACUGACCAGGGAGGCUGAUGAAGGCCUCUUGGAUCAGGCUUCUAAAAAGAGCCAAAGGAGGACGACUGAAGAAUUCGGAUAUCUGUGGUUCGGCGGACUCGUACACCAGCCGCCCAUCCGAUUCAGAUGUUUCUUUGGAAGAAGACAGGGAAGCUGUCCGAAGAGAAGCAGAAAGACAGGCCCAGGCACAGUUGGAAAAGGCUAAGACCAAACCAGUUGCAUUUGCUGUUCGGACCAAUGUUGGCUACAACGCAGUCCACAAUGACGAGGUCCCUGUUCCAGGCAUGGCCAUUUCAUUUGAAGCUAAAGAUUUUUUACAUGUCAAAGAAAAAUUUAAUAAUGACUGGUGGAUAGGCCGGCUUGUAAAAGAAGGCUGCGAAAUAGGAUUUAUCCCAAGUCCCGUGAAACUAGAAAACAUGAGGAUACAACAUGAACAAAAAGCAAAGCAGGGGAAAUUUUAUACCAGUAAAUCAGGGGGAAACUCUUCUUCCAGCCUGGGUGAUGUGGUACCUAGCUCCAGAAGAUCAACUCCACCAUCAUCCGCUAUAGACUUAGAUGCCACUGGCUUAGAGGCAGAAGAGCUUGACAUUCCUCCAGUCAACCAUCGCUCCCCUAAACCCAGUGCAAACAGUCUAACAUCGCCCCACUCCAAAGAGAAAAGAAUGCCCUUUUUUAAGAAGACAGAGCACAUUCCUCCUUAUGAUGUAGUGCCUUCCAUGAGACCUGUAGUUUUAGUGGGGCCUUCCUUAAAGGGAUAUGAGGUGACGGAUAUGAUGCAAAAAGCAUUAUUUGAUUUUUUAAAACACAGAUUUGAAGGAAGAAUAUCCAUCACCCGAGUCACAGCGGACAUCUCCCUUGCGAAACGCUCAGUGUUAAAUAACCCCAGUAAACAUGCAAUCAUAGAAAGGUCUAAUACACGAUCAAGCUUAGCUGAAGUUCAAAGUGAAAUUGAGCGCAUCUUUGAGCUAGCAAGGACGUUACAGCUUGUCGUUCUGGAUGCGGAUACUAUCAACCAUCCAACCCAACUUGGCAAAACCUCCCUCGCCCCCAUCAUAGUAUAUGUGAAGAUUUCAUCUCCAAAGGUUUUACAAAGGUUAAUAAAGUCAAGAGGAAAAUCGCAGGCUAAGCAUCUUAAUGUCCAAAUGGUGGCAGCCGAUAAGCUUGCUCAGUGCCCUCCGGAAAUGUUUGACGUCAUUCUGGAUGAAAACCAGCUUGAAGAUGCAUGUGAGCACCUAGCCGACUAUCUCGAAGCCUACUGGAAGGCAACCCAUCCUACGAGUAGUAAUCCUACUAAUGUGCUGCUCUCCCGCACACUCACCACAGCAACGCUCCCCAUAACCCCAUCAUCAGCCUCUAACACACAGCAGAAUUCCCAAGGUGAACCCAAGAAUCAGCAUUCAGCACCAGAAAGAACUGACUCGGUUGAGGAAGACACAAGUGCUGAACCCACUAGGAAGUCCCAACAUCGAUCUUCUUCCUCGGCGCAACACCAUAAUCACCGCAGCGGCGUGAGCCGAGGGCUUUCCAGGCAGGAAACAUUUGAUAACGAAUCCCAAGCGAACAGAGAUUCCAUUUACCUAGAUCCAAAGGAGGACUUCUCGUCUGAGCACGACACUCCCCCAGAUUCACACAGGGAACAUAACCACCAGGACGAGACACAUGCAGUUAGUGAACAUAGACACAAAGAGAGUCGGCAUCGGCCCAAUGAACCGGACAGGGAACAAGACCACAAUGAAUGCAUCAAACCCCGCAGCCGCCAUAAAUCCAGGGAUCGGCACUGCGAAAAGGAUGGAGAAGUUCCUAGGAAACGAAACGAGGCGGACUGGAACAGGGAUGUGUAUAUCCGCCAGUAAUGUUGCUUGUUAGACACCUUUUAAUGUGAUUUUUUUUCCCUCUCCUGUUCUUGUAACGCACUUUUGGUUCCAUGUCGCAGAACAUAAGCGUCCGCCAUGUCACCUGUAUUUGGAUUCUGGUUGUGUGUGCGGCAGCAACAUAGACUUUUAUAUUUUUCCUAGUCUUUUCAUUUUUUUCAAUUACCCCAGUGCGACUGUGACUGUCCCCGGACCAUGCAUUUUAGCUGUGUCUGUGGCUGACCUGUCCAAGCUGUCUGUCCUCCUUAAAGGGAUGCUGCUCUUCUAAUGCAAGGCUGGGCCAGCAGCAGACACAUUUCAUUUAAAGCCUAUGUGUGAUCACUGCAACGGUUUUCUUCCAUUUAUGUUCAGUAUCAAGCUAGAGUCGUUAUUUCUGGGUACAAACACAAUUUCUUGUAGAAUUCUCAGCCGUAGCCACUUGGUAUGAAUUUUAUUUUCAGUAUUUAAAGGCCCAUUUUAUCUUUUUUUUUAAUUUGAAACCAGAGCUAAUAUUGCCUUACUCUUCUCACGUCAACACUUUAUCAGUCAUUUUCUAUGUCUUGUAAGUGGAGUUUAUAGGUCCUUUCCCUCCCUAAUUCCUGCAUGGUUUCUACACUGUUGUACAAUUUCCAUAGAAAUCACUGGUGACUGAAACUAAGUGGGGAAACAAUACCAUACAGGACUAUUUGAAUUCAAUUCAUACUAAUAUAUCAAUUCAUUAGCCUCUUCUCUGCUAGAAAUAUGCCUGGUAACAAAGAGGUCCAUUUGUCUGUAGGUACCACGUGAUCCGACGUAGUGUUAAGUAUUAUACGUAAUUUAUUUUCUUGCAGAACCACUGUUGGAAUAAAAAUGAAGCUAACCCAAGGUGCGAGGUAGGCAUGCAGAGGAGAAAUCCUUAUAUUUGUUAUCUAUUUUUGUGCAAAUCAUUUCUGAGUCACUUCGGGGGGAAUCAUCAUGUUUUGAACCGGAAAAAAAAAAGAACUCGUUAGUAGGAUUUGGUGCGUAAAACGCAUGAAAAAAGACUACGUUUCCCGUCGAUAUGCACAAACUCCUCAAUUGGUCAUGCAUAUAUGUAAAUGUAGAAAUAUAUAUAUAUUUAUAGCUGUGAUAUUUAAAUGCACCUCCGAUGAUAUAAAAGAAUGCUUUGAUGUACAGAGAUAAAUACCAAGAAUUGUACAAAGCUGGGAAGGAGAGGUUGUUUCACCCAUUAAGUUUAAAUUUGAUAUAAUAAAGGGUGAGGUUUGCUUAGGCAAAUAUCAUAGUUUGCAGAA